CCCACAGCACAGACAUAACACACACCAGGCAGCUUCUAGUGUCAUGUUGCUGUGCUCUGGAGACGCACGGCAGGUGCAGAAAACAGAAACCCAGCACACACACACACACACCCAAAAAAAUUCCGCAAUGUGCAAUGUGGGGAAAUGAGACUUCUCCUUUUUAACGAGGAUAAAAGCUGCAGCCCACUAGCCGAGUCGUUUGGCAGCGAGGGGGCACUAUCUCAGCCACAGCCAACAAGCAUCAGGGCUGCAGGGAUUUAGCAGCGACCAUGGGAGAUACCUAUAUCCGACAUAUUGAACUGCUGGGCUACGAGAAGAGGUUUUUCCCAAGCCAGCACUAUGUAAGUCUGUUGUUGUUACCUUAUUAUUAACUUACCUUUCCUCCUCAAAGUUCUCUUCUACGGUUCUCUUCCUCCUCGUUUUCUCCUCACAGCAACCCUGUGAGGUAGGUUAGGCUGAGAGUGAGUGGCUGGCCCGUGGCCACACAGGGAGCUUCAUGGCAUUGCGUGUGGGGUGGUGGUAUUGUUUUGCUUUUUCUGUUUUAACUAAUUGUUUAGGGAAGUUUUUAAUGACUGGUGUUUUAAUGUACUUUUAAUCUUCGGUUGGAAACGCAGCCAAAUGGGCGGGGUAUAAAUAAUAAAUUAUUAUUAUUGUUAUUAUUAGUGCUUUUGUCUUGUAUAUUUUUUCUUGUGAACCACCAUGAGAUCUUUUGAUGAAGGGCAGUACAGUGGUACCUUGGGUUAAGAACUUAAUUCGUUCUGGAGGUCCGUUCUUAACCUGAAACUGUUCUUAACCUGAGGUACCACUUUAGCUAAUGGGGCCUCCUGCCGCCGCCGCACAAUUUCUGUUCUCAUUCUGAAGCAAAGUUCUUAACCCGAGGUACUAUUUCUGGGUUUGCGGAGUCUGUAACCUGAAGCAUCUGUAACCUGAAGCGUCUGUAACCCGAGGUACCACUGUAUUAUAAUAAUAAUAAUAAUAAUAAUAAUAAUAAUAAUGGCUGAGUAGGGAUUUGAACCCUGGUCUCUCUCAACUCUUCCUAGUCAGGCACACUAACCACUGCACCACACUGCAGAUGCGCCACAGAUGGAUGUACGAUUGUUGGGAAGUACCUCAUUCAGCCCACCUGGGGCUCCUGAGCAAAGGGGAAGGGAAAAUAUGCCUGUGAGAGACAGGCAUUUAGAAAAGCUAAAGAGCUUUUCUAUUCAUCUCAUUUUUGCUCCUCGUUAUGUGGAAGAUGCAUCUUUUUAGUUCUGCUUUUGGCCCUUGUGAUGUAUAGUUUUAGGAACCACCCUAUUCUUAGGACAGUAGUUUGUUUUCAGUGCUCUGUUUUCAAUUGUUGUGACCCACCCUAUGGCCUUAGGCUGAAGUCCAGGUAAAAUAAUAAUAAUAAUAAUAAUAAUAAUAAUAAUAAUGAAAAGUUGCAGUGCUGCCCACCCCAAAAACCGCCCAGGCAAGGCAGAGGCAAGCAAUCGUCACUCAGCUGGGAUUUGUGUAUUUUGUUUAUUAACUUAAAUAAUCUAUAUACUUCUUAACUACAGUAGUUCUCUAAAGGGAAAGGUAAAGGGACCCCUGACCAUUAGGUCCAGCCGCGGAAGACUCUAGGGUUGCGGCGCUCAUCUCGCUCUACUGGCCGAGGGAGCUGGCGUACAGCUUCCAGGUCAUGUGGCCAGCAUGACUAAGCCGCUUCUGGCAAACCAGAGCAGCGCACGGAAACGCCGUUUACCUUCCCGCCAGAGCGGUACCUAUUUAUCUACUUGCACUUUGAUGCAGUUUACAAAUAUCCAAUAAUAAUAAAAAAGGCAUCAGUUAAAACUAUAAAGUCAAUCCUCAAUUCAUUGGAUGUCCACAAGUCUCCAGUGUUAUGAGAGGGGGAGAAAAACAUUUUUUCUGCCCACUUUCUCCAUGCUGUUCGUCGUUUUAUAUACCUCUCCUGCUGGCCCUUUCUUUAAUCUGAAAAGGCAGAGAGUGAAGGAGGGUCAUCUGGCUGGGAGAUCCUGCUUAGAUCUAGGGAUAGCUUCAACUUUCAUUUCAUCCUUAGUCUGUCAAAUCUGCACUUCGUACACCAGAAUCCUUGGAAGUUUGCCCUUCUUUGAGGCUCCUAACACACAUCUACCAACUGAAGAACUGGUCCAAAAGAUGCGUACAUUAGUGCAAACUGUGUGCAAAGCCAUGUGGAAAUUAAUGUACCAAAACGCAUUCUAUCAGGUGUGGUGUUAGCAAACUCCUUGCAAAAAAGUGUAGGCAACAAAAAUGAGCAUAUCAUGCUCACACGCAUUUUUGUGCAAUUUUUUUUUUUUUUAAAUUGCAACAUUAUGCAGAAAUGGCAGGAACCAAGCUUAAGGUUGGAAGAAUGAGAAACCGAGAGGAUCUGAAAUUGACGGGUGUGUCUAUGCCUGGUUUGGACAUCACUCCCUGACCUCCCCACUGUUGUUUGCUAUCGAUUCUGGACCCUGCUUUCUUUCGUUCCCCUUUGCCGGUUAACAGCAAACCCUGAGCCACACACUCAAGCCUUGGCAGGGAUUUUCUUGGCCUUCCUUCUUUUUAUAACGCUAUUUCACCAUGAUGAUCUGCAGGAAGAGGAUAGAUAAGUCAUUCUGAGCCGCCCAGGGAACUUCAGCAUUUAAGGGCUUGGUGAUCAACACUGGUGCAGAUUCAUAGGGGUGGGGUUUUCUGCAACCAAUAAGAGAGAGAGUGUGUGUUAUGUGCUGAGUUGAAUAGGAUCCAAAAGGCAGCAGUCUGAUUGGUCCUAGAACAAUAGGAUUCAGAAUGCAGCAGUCUGAUUAGUCCACAGGAGCCACCCAAUCCAGCUCCAGGUGGAAAUGAAUCCGCAACCUGAUUGGCCUACAGGUGAGUCCCGGAAUUAGCCAAUCACGUGGGGCCCAUUGUGUAAAUAAUGUAUAUAAAGCAGACAUUCUGGGGGAACUUCCAUUCCUCCUCACCACUAUGAGCUGAAUAAAGAGCAUGAAAUCCACUCUCAACUCCAAGUAUAUUUCAGAGAGCAGGGUCAUCGGCCCUCUUUUCCACUUAGGUUAAACAUGAUCAGCCUCUGCUUGGAAGGAAAUGCAGUGGUACCUUGGUUCUCGAACUUAAUCCGUUCUGGGAGUCCGUUCGACUCCCGAAACCAUUCAAAAACUAAAGCUCGGCUUCCGAUUGGCUGCAGGAGCUUCCUGCACUCAAGCGGAAGCCGUGUCGGAUGUUUGGCUUCCGAAAAAAACGUUCGCAAACUGGAACACUCACUUCCAGGUUUGCGGCAUUUGGGAGCCAAUUUGUUUGGUAACUAAGCUGUUCGAGAACCAAGGUACGACUGUGCUUUAAUUUGCAAUCUCACUGUUCUGAUCUCACAAAUGCCUGCAAGGAAAUCCUCUCUGCUGUUGUCAUACGUUUCCGAGCACAAUUCAAAGUGUUGGUGCUGACCUUUAAAGCCCUAAACGGUCUCGGUCCAGUAUAUCUGAAGGAACGUCUCCACCCCCGGUGGACACUGAGGUCCAGCUCCGAGGACCUUCUGGUGGUUCCCUCACUGUGAGAAGUCAAGUUGCAGAGAACCAGGUCUUCUCGGUAGUGGCACCCGCCCUGUGGAACGCCCUCCCACCAGAUGUCAAAGAGAACAACAACUACCAGACUUUUAGAAGACAUCUGAAGGCAUCCCUGUUUAGGGAAGCUUUUAAUGUUUGAGGCGUUACUGUAUUUUAAUAUUGUGUUGGAAGCCGCCCAGAGUGGCUGGGGAAACCCAGCCAGAUGGGUGGGGUAUAAAUAAUAAUAAUAAUAAUAAUAAUAAUAAUAAUUAUUAUUAUUAUUAUUAUUAUUAUUAUAAUACUUUCCCCUCCCCUGCCUGAGAAAGAGCUAGGUAAGAGGCUCAGGGAUGGAUGAGGAAACCUGUUGGACUACAACUCCCAUCAUUCCUGGCCAUGCUGACUGGGGCUGAUGGGAACCUGACACCUCAAAAGCCCCAGUUUCUGUGUCCCCAAGAUAUGGAAAGGCCACAUUAAAUGUGUGAGUGGUGGCAAGUUUUCAGGUGCCUCAGGUGUCAAUGCUCAUGCCAAAUUUGGCCUCUUGGGAAAAGGCAGGCCAGAGCCCAGGUGAUCCACAUUGAAAAGAUAGCGCUGGUUUUUCGCUUGCUGUGUUUUUAAAAACCUGCAUUUUCUUCAGCCUGUAAGGGAAAAAGAGAUGGAAGGAGCACGGGGGACUCCCAGAUGACUUGUUUACUGAGCACGCACCUGGAUUUGUUUCCAGGGAGAUUAGAUGACGUUGCACUUUCCCAUCACUUUGUUCAUUGCAAAUGUCAUCUUUUGAGGAAGCAGGUUUGUUGCACAACAGCUCAACUUUAAUUGUGCAAUUGGAAUUAGCCAGCACUUGAUUGAAAGUCCCGCAGACCGCAACAAUCUGGAAGUGCCCCAGGGGUGAAGCAACAGCCAGCAGGCUUAUGAUUCGAGUGCUCUAUCAUGUGGCUUCCCUGUAGAAAGGGGGGGGGGGGAACCAUGUGAACGAAGGCAGGAAAUUCCACCCCAUGUGCAUUGCUUGGGAAUACCCUCGCUUAGAGGAGGCUGCGAGGGAACAGCCACCGUUCUAAAGCACAGCAAAUGCUUUGCGCACCCAAAAUCCCAGGUUCAUUCCCUGGGAUUUCCAGUCCAUGGGCAGCAUGGCAAGAGGAGAUAAUGGAUAGCUCAGUUGGUAGAGUGCAAGGCUCUUAAUAUCGGGGUCAUGAGUUCAAGCCCCACACUGGGUAACUGAUCUGUUGAAAAUGCAACUUGAAAAAAGAGACAAUACACAUAUUUUUGCAAAUUAAGAAAUCUUUCAUAUUGUGGGUUGUUUUUUUUUUAAGAUUCGUGCAUUGCAAGGGGUUGGACUAGAUGACCCCUGAGGUCCCUUUCAACUCUACAAUUUAGUGAUUCUAUAAUUGUUUGAUUCUUCUGUGCCUGCUGCCCUCCAACACAAGGCUGUAACACACCCAUAAGUCAACCCUGCAUUUUACGACAUGAAAAAAACAAACACCAGUCGUACAAUGAAAAACCACAAGUCCGUUUCCAGAUUCAGAUAUGCUUCCAUUAGUGAAUAUUUGUGGACUGUUUUCAGGAUGUCUACAUUAGUUGCUUAUUCUAGAACUAGGAAAACUGGCAUUGUUUUGUGCUUAAAGCUUCAGUUUCUGAUGAGUGUUUCUGCAGGACCAGAAGCACUCUAGGAUUCCAGUGUCAAAGCAGAUAACACCUAUUUUUAAUGCAUUUUAUUUUUGAACAUAAUGUGUGUAACAUUCGUCAUUAAUGGAGUCUCCCUGCACAUCUAAAUUCGGCGCCCUCUGAACAGCCUGGGAUGAAGAGUAGGGUUGCCUGGGGGAGGCCAUUUGAAAGCUUUCGCUGAUUCUGAACAACAGUCUAUUCUCCUUGUCAGGUCUACAUGUUUCUGGUGAAAUGGCAAGAUCUCACCGAGAAAGUUGUGUAUCGGAAGUUCACCGAGAUCUACGACUUCCAUGUAAGUAAACUGUUGGGUCUCUGGCGCCUUAAGAGUGUCCGGCUAAUUUCGAUGUCUUUCUGUUCUAGGAUGUGCAUUCAUUACAUUGCCAAAGAAGACUGAAAGGAGGACUUGCAUAAAAUGUGCAUGGGCUAAUCUAUAUGGACACCUGCAGAUUUAGAAAUAAUUGCUGUUAUUUCAGAUAGGCCUCCUUUUCACCUUUUAGGAGUUAAAUCAUAGCAGUCAUUCCUGAAUCUGCAUCUAUACAUAUAAUAUAAUGCCAUGCAAACCUGUGGCCUCCUUUUUUCUUUUCUUUUUAGGGUGUGUGUGCCGCUCUAGGGCAACUUUAUGUGGUUGCUCCUCUUUCUUAGGAAAUACAAGUACAUACUGAAGAAAUGAGCCUAUGCUGCCAAUUCUCAUAGUAGACCAGUAUAAAUUAAGCAGUACAUAAGCGGCACACAAAACGCUACCAAACCAUUCUACGUUCUAAAUCUUAUAUUAAUAAUCUAAAAAUUGAAAGAGCUAUGUACAAGAUCUACUACAGAAGCCACAAACAGAAAACUCAUUCAAAUUGUGUCCAAAAGGAAGAUUCAGUCUUUAAAAUUCCUUUAGCCAGGCUCCUGUAGAUAUCAACAAAGGUAAGUUUGAUCAAACGAAGUGUCAGCGCUCAAGGGUUAGAUAUCAACGAGGACAAACGCCGGCACCCUGUCUAACUCUGUGUAACUGCCAACCUAGCAGUUUGAAAGCACGUCAAAGUGCAAGUAGAUAAAUAGGUGCCUCUCCGGCAGGAAGGUAAACGGCGUUUCCGUGCACUGCUCUGGUUCGCCAGAAGCGGCUUAGUCAUGCUGGCCACAUGACCCGGAAGCUGGAUGCCGGCUCCCUCAGCCAAUAAAGCGAGAUGAGCGCCGCAAUCCCAGAGUUGGCCACGACUGGACCGGAUGGUCAGGGCUCCCUUUACCUUUACUUUAUGGUGCCUUAGGGCAACUUUCUGUGGUUGCUCCUCUUUCUUAGGAAGACAGGAUGUCAUUUUGAGUAGUUCUCUGAGCAGCCCAUUGGGACUGUGGGGUGGAAGGCAGUGGGGAUCAAGGGUAAGAGGAACCAGAGCUAUCAAAAAAUACGCGCUCGCAAGCAUUGUGGACAAACCUUACAAAUCUCACUAAAACUGGAAAGAAGAGCAGCCGAGUAGGUGGUCAACAAAAGAGGGUGAUUCCUGCAUUGUUCUCUUUUUAAUGCAGCUGGUUGGAAUUUCUGAGCUGCCUGGUUUAAAUAUUAUUUCAUGAGAUAGUCAUAUGAUGAGAAUUCAACAUUUCAGGUCUUUCCCUUUUUUUGCAAGCCGCAAAGAGGAAGUCUGCUGCUGCCUUUGCCGUCAACCUUGUGCCUUGCUCUUUUGUUUUCUUGUUUUGGGAAGGCUGAGGUGGAAACCCAGGGGAGGGGCAGCCACUGGGUCACUCUGGGGCACUCAGACUUUGUAAUCCCAGAUCUCCCUCCAUUCAGCCCCCAUGAGACCAGUGGAGGCUGACCCACUGCAACAAAUGAGGCACUGCCUCACCAAACUCAGUCUGCUCCUAGCCAGCCUCUUCCUGCCAGACUUCUUACUUACAACCAAUCGGGGCGGCUUUGCCUGUCAUUUGCUCUGGCGCCACCUACUGCCAGCCUCCUGCCUUCCACCCUACCAGUUAGCACUUCACAGGACAGUCCCUGCUUCUUGUUGCUGGUUCCUGUCAUAUGGCUGUCCCACUGCCUGGUCAUGUCCGGCUCUUUGGCCACAGAUUUAAGGCAUUGCGACACAAUGUAAAAUGGUCACAGCUUCUCUCAAAUCAUUCUGGGAGCUAUAGUUUGUUAAGGGUGCUGAGAGUUGUGAGGAGACCCCUGUUCCCCUCAGAGAGCUGCAGAGUGAUUUAACAAUCAACCUCUCUUCUCAGGGGACUUUGGGAAUUGUAGUUCUGUGUGGAGAAUUGGGGGGGGGGGGCUCCUAACAACUCUCAGGACCCUUAACAAACUGCAGCUCCCAAAAUUCUUUGGGGGGGAAAUUGAUUGAAGUGAUAUCACAGCACUUUAAAUGUAUGGUGUCAAUGCAGCCGUUGUUGAAUGGGGAUUUGCUUUUUAAAAAGUAAAUUGCGGACACACACCCCUCCUCACAAUCUGCGUCAGGAUCCCGUAGAAAAGGAUGAAAGAUUAAGGGACUCCUCUCUCCCCGCCCUGCAUCAGGGUCCCAGUCCAGACUUCCGCUCCCCUGUCUGCAAUUUACUUUUUAAAAGCAGGGGAAGCAAUUGCUAAUUGCCAAAGUGAUGGGAAUGGAGGUCCCUUAUUAAAUUACUGACUGAAAGUGACUAAACGCACCCGAUGAUUUGUUUUGCGUCCAUACUUUCAUCUAGAAUUCUAAGGCUGCUCUUGCUUUCUCUUCUUUCUCCAGAAAACUUUAAAGGAGAUGUUUCCUAUUGAAUCUGGGGACAUUAGUGUUGAGAACAGGAUCAUUCCUCACUUGCCUGGUAAGUAAGCCAGUACAACUGCCAGUUCUAGGUUCUUGGCAUUGCCCUGAGUCUGGAGAUAUAAAGCCAGCCCUGAUUUACAAUCAGCACUAUAUUUUAAAUUAUCAUCGUGGCGAACGUGUCUGAAAUUUUAAACUGCUGGCCUAAAUUACUUUUUAAACUGUAUGUUUAAAUCACAUUUCCCACCUCCCAAAGAAUCAUGGGAACUGUAGUUUGUUUGCCACCGAGCUACAAUCUCCAGUACCUUUAAGAAACUCAGUUUCUCAGGAUUCUUUGCAGGUGUGUGUUUAUGUAGGAUCCUUCUUCCCAGCUAUUCAGGGCUUUCCUUUGGUGGAGCGUGAAAGCAGUCUUCACAUGCUCAAAAGAACACCUCCCACCUCAUCAUAUUACCAUAUUUUUCCGUGUAUAACACGCCCCCCCUUGUAUAAGACGACCCCUAAUUUUUUGGACUGCAAAAAAAUUGGGGGGAAAUUGCCCAAAGUUGUUGAGCUUCUUUUGAGGGGGAGGGGGGAGUCACCGCUGCCAAUCGCUCUACAACCUGCCCACCAAUGCAAAUUGCACGCAUCGCCGUGGCCAACAAUCGUCUGCAUGCUCGCUGCCAAAAGCCCACCUGCACACUCAACGCAACCACAGCCGACUGCACACACACCUUGCCGCUGUCGUAAAUAGCACACCCAAUUGCCACAGCCAAUCAUCACCAGGCCUUGCUGCAGCAACCACUCACAUGCAAAAUCACCUCUGCCAAUCUCCUGCUGGCUGCUGCCACCAAUCGCCCGUCUGAUAGCCGUCUAUGAAACGACCCGCAAUUUUCGCCUAUUAAUUCUAAGGAAAAAUUGUCGUCUAUUACACAGAAAAAUGCAGUAUAUUAUUUCACAAGAUUUAAGGCUGAGCCCCAGUACAGUGGUACCUCAGGUUAAAUACUUAAUUCAUUCCGGAGGUCCGUUCUUAACCUGAAACUGUUCUUAACCUGAAGCACCACUUUAGCCUAUGGGGCCUCCUGCUGCCGCUGUGCCACUGGAGCACAAUUUCUGUUCUCAUCCUGAAGCAAAGUUCUUAACCCGAGGUACUAUUUCUGGGUUAGCAGAGUCUGUAACCUGAAGCGUAUGUAACCUGAAGCAUAUGUAACCCAAGGUACCACUGUACUUUAACAUUUCACUGGCAGCACCUAAAUGUUCUCUGGUUUCUGGUAAGCUCUGGGAAAUGGGCAGACUGAAUGUUCCUUUUGGAAACGUGGCAAUGUAGAGACUGUAGUGUCUUUAGGAUACAUGGUUUACUGGCACAUAUAUACAACCUGAGCUUAUGAUGGAGGGGCUCACAGCGUCAGCACCCCAAGAGGGUCUCAUUUCUCCCAAAGACUUGAAUUCAAACAGAAAUCAACCACUGUGCUCUGACCUUCUCUCCAACUUGCUGCUUUUUCUAGCCUGCAACCUUUCCCCCCCUCUAGGUCACAUCACAGCCAACUCUCAGCUCUGCCUUUGUCUUCUAACUAACUCUGAAUUGAGGGCAUGGUCCCACCCAUUUGCUGUCUGACCCAGACUCCACUCUCCUAUUUACUUUCUUAAUGGCCUAUUCCUUUGUUCUCCUAAUGGCCCAUCUCCCAGGCGAUCACCUGAACACAGGAAGCUUGGGUAUAGGGAUUAGCAGUUUAACCCCCCAAGCCUUGAUUAUAUUCUAACGCCUACUGGACCCAGGAAUUUAGUGGUGCCUGGCACUCACAAAGUCAUAACAUUGUCAUUGCUCAAACGCUCACUUCCUAUGUAGUAACCAGGAACACAUUUAGAUCUUUGGUUUGUCCAAAUCAGUUGUCUUGCAAAUGCAGUGGGUUUCGGGCGCUGAAAUAACUGUUCCGUUGCAGUUGAUUGACCAAGCAGCCACAUGUGGUUUUAAAAAAAAAUUGUUCCUGUUCCCUUUUGGAUCCUGUUUACAUAAUGAUGAGAAAUGGCCAAGUCUUGAACCAAGUCACAAACUGAGACACAAGCGUACAAUGUCUGUUUCAGUUUCUUUCAAUUUCUCAUUUUCCCAACCACAUCUGUGUAUUAUUAUUUUUUUAUUUUGAAGUUGGCAUUUGAAUGUGAAUUUCUCCCAAAAUACACAUUUUUCUAUGCAAAUUUGCCCAGAAUAUACUCCUUCUUUGUCAAGAAUUUCUCCCCGAAGUAACACAUUUUUGUAUGGUAUUCUCACCAGUCUUAUGCAUGUUUGUGAAUCUUACUGGGCUGGAGAACUGCACUGGAAAAUUUGGAGAGGUGCAGCUUUAGAAAGGUAGUUUUGCCUGUUAGGUAGUGUCACCUGAAAUGCAAACUGAAUUGACUGGAAUAGGCAUUGACCGGACGGGAUGGGGUAGUCCUCUGGCAUGAUGAAAUGCAAACUCCUUUGUUCCUUCCUACCCAUCUAUCUAGCGCCAAGGUGGUUUGACAGCCAGCGAGUCACCCAAAAUCGGCAAGACACGCUCUCCGAGUACACCAUGGCCCUCAUCAACCUGCCUCGCAAGAUCUCCCAGUGUGGACAUGUCUUGACCUUCUUCAAAGUCAGACCGGAUGACCUGAACCCACCUAUAGCAAGCCAGUGAGUAUUGUCAGGACGCUGGGAGACACCUAUUGGGCUAAGACUGGAGGGAAGGGUCCAUAGGGAGGAAGGGACCCAUGUCCAUCUCGAACUCGGUGUCAGCACCUGAUACUUUGGGUAGCUCUAAGAAGUCCAGUGUCACCCUCUCCUAGGGCUCAUUGCCACUUACCCUCUCACUGCCGCUUCUGGUAAAUGACUCUGAAAAGUGCCAUUUACAGUAUCUCAGUACAGCCCCUUCCCAGUGGCAGCUGCUCCCCAGCCAUGUUUCUCAAACUUGGGUCCCUAGCUGUUGUUGGACUACAACUCCCAUCAUCUGUAACUAGCAGGAAUGGUGAUCAGGGAUGAUGGGGGUUGUAGUCCAACGACAUUUAUUAGAGAAACACCGCUUGGGCCUGGUAGGGCAGAACACAGGGAGCCAGCCAGUAGGGGGUGCCAGAGCUGAUGACAGGCAGAGCCAUCUCCUUCUAGUUUCCCCCCCCCAUCUGCCUUCUCUCUGCUGAGUUCUACAAGGGCGACCCUGAGACUAAGGAGGAGGAAGCGGACAGUCAGGGCCACUCCUUGGCCUGCUUGUGAGAUAUAAGGCAAGCAAGCUGGCUGGAGGCAGGCUGAAGUUGGUGGUCCAGCCUCCAUAGACAUCUAACUUGACACUGCAUGGCAAGACAAGAGUUCAUGGUUGUGGCCCACUCCACAGAAAAAGAGUCAGUGCUGUUCAUGUUUAUAGUCCAUGUUUCAAUUACUCAAAGUAUGUUACCUUUGUAAUCCUUGCAACAGCCCUGAAAAUCAGGCCAGUGUGAUUAUCCAACAUGCUGUGAGUUCAUGACUUGCUUGAGGCCACCAGUUCGAGUCUGUGGCUGGGAUGGAAGACUUGACAAUUCCAACAGUGUUUGCCUUUGAUUCUUUUCCCCUUAGCGUCAAGAAACCGGAAACCUUUUUGAUGCCAAAAGACUCCAAGAAGAUUGCAGCAGGUAAUUAAAAAGCAGAAGUGGUGAAAUCCUUCCCGCUCGUCUUGCCUACCUCUUUCCCUUCAGUGGUUGUAUGUUACUGCCAGGAUCGCAGUCUGCCUUGCCCUCAGCAGCACUAAGGUCUAAAAGGGAGCUGUGGUUGCCCUCAUGUCCCACGUGCCGCUUCUUCAGAAACAUCUGGCUGGGUAGUUGGUUAAGGACGUUAGGAAUCAUAGCUCUGUGAAGCAUAAACUGCAGUGCUCAGGAUUCUUUGGGAGUAGCCAUGCGCUUUCAUAGGAUCCUAGAGUUGGAAGAGACCCCAAAGGGUCAUCAAGUCCAACCUUGGGCUAGUCAUACUUCUUUGAAGUCUCUCAGCCCCACUCACCUCACAGAGUGUUUGUUAUGGGGGAGGAAGGGAAAGGAGAUUGUUAGCUGCUUUGAGACUCCUUUGGGUAGUGAUAAAGCGGGAUAUCAAAUUCAAACUCUUUUUCUUCUCUUCUUCACUGCCUCCUCUGCUUUCUGGAUUCAUAAAUUGCCACAAGGACUAAAAACACGGCGCUCUCUCUUAACUAAAAGCGGCACUGGGAACUCUAUGAAAGCAGUUCUCAAGUCUAUUUCUCAGAUUUCACCUUCCGCCCUGUUAUGUACUGAGUUGAAUAGGAUCCAAACUGCAGCAGUCUGAUUGGUCCUAGAACAAUAGGAUUCAGAAUGCAGCAGUCUGAUUGGUCCUAGAACAAUGCAGCAGUAUGAUUGGUUGGCAGGAACCACCCAAUCCUGCUUCAGAUAGAACUGAAUCCACAACCUGAUUGGCUUACAGUAGAAUUCCAGAAUUAGCCAAUCAUGUGCAGCCCAUUGUGUAAAUAAUGUAUAUAAAGCAGAUACUGUGAGGGGACAUUCAUUCAUUCCUCCUCACCACUAUGAGCUGAAUAAAGAGCAUGAAAUCACUUUGCGACUCUGAGUAUAUUUCACGCCCCAAACUCUGUGCCCUCUUUAUCCUAGAACCAUGUGUGUGUGGAGAAUUAGCUCACCGUUAUUCAGUGGGGAGGGAGAUCCUCUGCAUGGCACAAAACGUACUGUAUUAAGUUUGCACGAGGCGCUGGCCCCUCGCACUCCAGACAGGUCUGAGGGGCUCAGCUCCAGCAAAUCCUGGCUCAGACGGGGCCCUUGAGAGUUCCCCUAAUCACAGCCGCUUCUCCUCCUGAGAGCCAGUGUGGUGUAGUGGUUAAAAGCAGUGGACUCGUAAUCUGGUGAACCGGGUUCACAUCUCCGCUCCUCCACUUGGAGGUGACCUUGGGCUAAUCACUCUUCUUUGAGGUCUCUCAGCCCCACUCACCUCACAGACUGUUUGUUGUGGGGGAGGAAGGGAAAGGAGAAUGUUAGCCACUUUGAGACUCCUUCGGGUAGUGAUAAAGCAGGAUAUCAAAUCCAAACUCUUCUUCUUCCUCCUCCAAUAGAUAUCACAGGACCCAUCAUCCUACAGACGUAUCGGGCAAUUGGCGACUAUGAGAAGAACUCCAGCACUGAGAUGGGGGUCAAGAUGGGGGACCUGGUGGACGUCGUGGAGAAAAGCGAAAGCGGUAAGGAGAGAGAGAUGGUGUUUAUCUCUUGGGAGAGGGGCUGGUUUUACAACGGUGGCAGAGAAAGUAGUGAACGUGCUAUUCCAUAGUCAUAAUUUUACUAUUUAUACCCCCGCCCAUUUAACCGGGUUGCCCCAGCCACUCUGGGCGUCUUCCACCACAUAUAAAAGCAUAAUAAAACAUUAAACAUUUUUUUAAAAAGAGCUUCCCUAUACAGAGCUGCCUUCAGAUGGCUCGGGAGUCGCAUAACUCCAAACCCUGCAACAUUUCUGUGAUGACAGUGAGGAUGUCCUAAGGAAAAGUGAGACAUUCCAGGAUCAAAACAGAAACUGGGGUGACUUCUGUAAAUCCAGGAAAAUAGGGACACUUGGAGGGUCUGUACUUUGGCCGCAGCAGGAGGCUGACCCCCAAGCGGAGGCUAACAAUGUUGCAUCUCUGGGUCCAUGGCGUCCCUUGAGGUCUUCUCCUGGUGCCUUCAUGGAGAGCCUCUGAUUCCCUCACUGCCUCCUUGGUCAUGAGAUGAGGGCAGUGGUUUCCCUUUCCUCCCUCAAAACGUGCAUAGAGUUGAAAGAGGAAGUUCGAAGAGCGGUGCCUUCCCCCACUUCCUCUUCUGGCUCUAUGUGCUUUCCAAGGCUCGUAUUAUUUCUAUCGCCUCUUGACUUUGGCCCAGGUCCUUUGGAAAAGCUAAGUGUGCCCACUUUCUUUCUCCCCGUCUUUGAUGGGGCAGAUGAGCAGACGAGAGAAGUGGUCUGUUGGCAGGCCAAGGACAGAUAAAACAAAGUCCUUCUUAAAGGUAAAGGGUAAAGGGACCCCUGACCAUUAGGUCCAGUCGUGGCUGACUCUGGGGUUGCGGCGCUCAUCUCGUUUUACUGGCCGAGGGAGCCGGCAUACAGCUUCCGGGUCAUGUGGCCAGCAUGACUAAGCUGCUUCUGGCGAACCAGAGCAGCGCACGGAAACGCCGUUUACCUUCCCGCCAGAGUGGUACCUAUUUAUCUACUUGCACUUUGAAGUGCUUUCGAACUGCUAGGUUGGCAGGAGCUGGGACCGAGCAACGGGAGCUCACCCUGUCGCGGCGAUUUGAAAUGCUGACCUUCUGAUCGUCAAGUCCUAGGCUCUGUGGUUUAACCCACAGCGCCAUCCACGUCCCUUGCCAAAGUCCUUCUUAGCAUACAGUUAAUCUGUGGAAUAUUAUCAGACAGGAGGCAGCAAUGUCCAUCAAUGGCAAUGCUUCUGAAUACCAUUUGCUGGAAACUGCCGGAGAGAACAGUGUGCUCUUGUGUUCAGAUCCUGCUUCCAGGUUUCCAGAAGUUGCUGGACUAGAUGGGCCAUUGGUCUGAUCCAGCAGGCUCUUUUGAAGACCUGAAGAGGUGGCACCCACACUGCUUCCUCAAAAAAUCAAAAUAAGCCCAUGGGUCUAAAGAGGUUGAUGACCCGUGCAGGCAUUAAGCAUAACCAGCUGCACUUCUGAUGUGUAAACUUUAGAGACAGGUAACUUGGUCCAGGAGGACACCGAUUUAUUUAUCUGUUUGUCUCGCUCCAGGUUGGUGGUUCUGUCAGCAGACGAACAAACGGGGUUGGGUCCCUGCUGCCUACCUCGAACCUAUGGAUGGUCCAGACGAGUCUGAAGAACAGGAUCCCAACUAUGCAGGUAAAACUAACCCUCUCUGUUGGGUCCGUGGAUGCCCAGGUCCCGAUUAACCCUGAAGUUAAACGGCAGCGUUUGAAAGAUAGCUAUCUUUCAGCCUCUGUUUUCCUAUCUGUAAAAUGGGAACAAUAGCGAUCCACACCACACAUGGCUAUCACGAAGGGGAUUGCAAUUCAGAUCAGAAAGCACGUUGUGUGUGCUUUAACUGUGCAAACUGAAGGAUGACUAUCAAUGAGAUGAUUAUUGGGUCUUUUGUUGCUGCGCAAACUCCUGAGUCCUUCUUGAUGGCCCUCUGCUCCUUUGUUUUAAGGGGAACUCCAUGUUGUCCGGAAAGGCUACACAGCCGCCCAGGAAGACGAGAUCACUCUGAAGGAAGGGGAAACCAUAGAAGUUAUCCAUAAACUGCUUGAUGGAUGGUGGGUUGUCAGGUGAGGAACCAAAGAAGGGCUGGUGGAAAUAAACAUCACCUAGUCUGUGGCAAUUGGAGGUAUCCUGCCUUUGAAUGUGGAGGCUCCAUUUCUGUCUACUGUGGCUAAUGGACAUGGACUGUUCUGCCCUAAGGACUUGUUUGGACCUUUCAGAAAUCCCUUCCGCUAACCUGGGGCCCUCCAGAUGUUUGGGGACUACAACUCCCAUCAGGUGCAUGGUGGGGCUGAUGGAAUCAUGGCUGCACUGGCGAGGGUUGAUGGGAGUUGUGGUCUAAAGGACCUGGAGGGCACCAGGAUGAAGGAGGAAGGACUCUGUCUAAUACAGCUUACUGUGUCUCUUAUUGGCCAUCAUUCAAAGUGUACCUUUACUGGGUGGAGGGCGAAACAGGAUCACACCUCUUGCUCCCAUGUCAGGGGGUCCAGUGUGAUAUUUGAAAGUGGAGCACACAUAUUUUUGUGUGCUGUUUUACCCACAUAGGCUCCAACCAGGAAAACCUCUUUCAAAUAUUGUGCUGAAUCUGUGGAUGUCAAAAAAGUGUGUUUAUCAAAAGUGGGGGCAGCAUUGCUCAUGGUGUGGGAGAUUGGGGUUAUGUCCUCCUUCACCCUCCUGGGAUUAAGGCUCUCUGUCCGCUUGCCAACCACAGCACUCCUUCCUCUUUUCUUCUUGUGGGUAAAUUGAUGCUGUUUCUGAAAUCUCAGGAAGGACGAAACUACAGGCUAUUACCCGUCGAUGUAUCUGCAGAAAUCUGGGGAGCUGAAUAACCCAGAGAACAAUCAGCUGAGGAACAAAGGAGCCCCACCUCGAAGGUAGCGCGUGUGUGUGUGUGUGUGUGUGUGUGUGUGUGUUGGUGGAAGAAGAUGCUUUUGGUAAUUUUUGGCAUGGGGACAAUAAUUAAAAGGACUGGUGCAAGACAUUUUUCUGCAUGAGUCAAAUCAAACAAUUGCAAACACUUCCCAUUCCACAUACAGAGGCUGAUUGCACCACCAUAAGCAAAUUUAUUACAUGACCCACUAGCUUUGACACCUUAAAAAUAUACUUUGACAAUUUCCUAAACAUGAACCAGUUUUUUUUUUUUAUUAUUCUGGGGGUACUCAAGGGUACGCAAUACCGUCUCCUUUUUUUCCUAGAAGAAAAGCACUGAUAUGAACAGUUAGGUUAAAAAAAAAAUUAAGGAAGAAGUUAAAAUAAUCAGAAAGCUUUUGACACAGUUGAAUGAAACCUAAUUAAAACUAAAGCAAAACUGAACAUACUCUUAAAUUUCUCAGAUGUGACUGUACUAGCUCAUUCUGCCCGGUGCUUCCUUGCAGCUGCAGUGCUGUCCCAUAUGUUACAUGUGGGUAAACAUCUUUUUAGAGUGAACAGAUUAUUUCUUGAUAAGACCAGACAAAGAACUUCUCAUAAAUCUUCCCCUUGGGGCAUCCUAUAAAGGAUGUUUCACUGCAGAUUACAUUCUCUAGCCAAACAAACAAACAAACAAACAAACAAACAAACAAACAUGUCUGUAUCUGACUUCCUACAUGUUGGAAAGCAUAACUCUUGUAUAAGGGAGACACUGUCAGUUCUUGUAGAUAGCUAGACCUUUGAUGAUCCUUUCUGAGAAAGACAAUACAUUGGGGAAAUUUCGUUCAUUGUAGCAAACUUAUAUCUUCUCUAGCUUGAGCUUCAUACAACCUGUCCCUUUGUGUGUGUGUGUGUGUGUGUGUGUAAGGUCUAAACAAGGCCAAAACAAUUAUUUUGGUAAUAGAAUUUGCAGAGUGCCAUUGCGAUUUCCUAUAUGACAUGAGGGAAGACAUGCUCUUUCUCCUUCUGACUUGGCAGAUCCACCAUCCGAAAUGUCAAGAGCAUCCACAAUCAAGGCCGCAAGCAGAUCAGCCAGGAGACGUAUCGGCGGAACAGCGUGAAAUACUUAGUGAGCCGGAGGAAGAUGAAGAACAACCUCAUCUACAAAGGCAGCACUAUCAGUAAGUACUCGGUGGGGCCUUCCCAGUACUUCGUCUGGUUUUGUUUGAAAGCAGCUUUUCCAAAGUCACCCUGUGGCGAGGAGGUAGCGAGUUGCUGUGGCCGCUGUGAGAACAGGUUGCUGAAGCAGAUGGGACUUUGGCCUGAUCCGGAAGUUUCCUCUCUUAUGUUGCAAAGUAGGGCCCUUCUCAGCUACCUCAACCUCUGAGACAGGAAUUUGCAGGUGGAUUAUUUAUUUAUUUGUGUUUUUUCAAAAUAAAAAGGUGCCAUAUUGAAAACAACAGCACAAGACCUCUCUCAACAACCUUAUAACCUAAUGGGGACAAUACGAAAAGAAAAGGAGAUGAGGUGGGGAGAGGAAGAUGGGCAAAUUCGGGUACCGACUCAAAAUUAUUGCAAUGACCCAUCUGAGGGAGUAAGUUCUGGAAAGGGUGGACCACUGAGUCCUAGCUGUGUCCCCUCUCCAUAUCAGAAUGUGCCAAAGCAACUACUUUCCAGUUUACACUUGAUCUUCACAAAGCAAACUAGUUCAGUUCACAGUACAAGUUUUUAUCCAAAUGAGCCUUGGCAAAAUAAAUAAAUAAAACAAAAACAAAAACCAAGCCCUCAGAGCAUUGCAAACUGCUAUGCUGAAGUAUAAAAUACGUUUAACAAGACCAAGAAAACAUUUAAACACACAACAAUUAUGCUCUUUAAAGCUUAAAGGCCCAAGGAGUCUAAAGCAGGUGUGAGGAAUUUUGGGCCACGCUUGCUAGGGCUUUUGGGAAUUGUAGUUCAGAGACAUUUGGAGAGCCACAGAUUCCACAUCCCUAGUCUAAAGAGUAAAAAAAAAAAAAUUCUUACGAGUGGGCUUGAAGAUGAGCAAGGAGUCUUUCUGAGUUCACCCCAAAACAAACAUAAUUCACAUUCAUUUCACCCCAAAAUGGUAAGAACUGCUUUCAGUUACAGUUCAGAGAUUUUCGAACCGAUCCCGUGAGCUUUGUUAAAUCGAACCAAUUCAUUCCAAGCACCGCUUGAGAUGAAAACAAAGAAAUUUAUUGUGUGCCUCUUUCAUUUUAUAGCGGAGAAAGAUGAGACAGAGAAUAACCAGUCCAAGGCUCAACCCGCUAUCCCUCCAAGACCCAGUAAAGACUUGAUUGUGGCCCGCUGCUCAGAGACCACCAAAAGCAAAAUCAAGUGAGGAAGGAGCUUAUUUCUGCCCAUGGCAGAAUCUCCGAGGGACUCACGGGCCAGACUGGACUCCUGUGAAGUUUUGCUUUCCAGAACUCUGCGCCCGAAUUUUUAGCAAUGCAUAUGCCGGUGUUUGUUGUAAAAUUGUCGUCAGUGAAGGGUUUGAUGCUGGUGGACUCUGUUCAUUCUUCAGGAUGUGCUUUUCCUUCUUCCCCCCAACAUUAAAUCUUAGGGACUAGUGACUUGUUUGCUUCCAGCAGGUUUAAAUGCCUACACAGAGCAAUUGAGGCGUGUUGGCUGGUCAGUGGGGUAACUGAUACUCCUAACAAAUAAAUAGUGCUGGCCGUUAGCUUUUGCCAGCUACUAGACUUGAAGUAUUCCAUCAAUCAAUUUUGUGAUAGCAGGAGAAGGAAGGAAAAAUGAUAUUAAUGCUUGUCACCCAUUAUCUGACAUAUAGCACAGGCUCUUUUGUAAAUUGUGUUUUUGGUUAAUAUGACCUUGGUCUUUGUCCAAGUAUAUCUAUAUAUGUAUAUGUUUAAGUACACAAAUGUUUGAUAAAUAAAUAAGUGCAUGUGAAA